CGUUUAACACCAAGAUGGCAGAAGCUAUGGAUGAAUAUGAGAAAGAAGCUGGCUGCGUCCCCAUUCUCCAUCCAGAGGAAAUCAAGCCUCAGAGCCAUUAUAACCAAGGCUACAGCGAAUCUCUUGGGCGAAAGAGCACCAUUGAUGAUUACAGCACCUGGGAUAUUGUGAAAGCUACACAAUAUGGAAUAUUCGAACGUUGCCGAGAGCUGGUGGAGGCAGGUUAUGAUGUCCGACAACCAGACAAAGAAAACGUCACACUCCUACACUGGGCAGCCAUCAACAACAGAAUAGAUCUAGUCAAGUAUUACAUAUCAAAGGGUUCUAUUGUUGAUCAGCUUGGAGGAGAUCUCAACUCCACACCGCUCCACUGGGCAACAAGACAGGGCCACUUGUCCAUGGUUGUCCAGCUCUUGAAAUAUGGAGGUGACCCGUCACUCAUCGACGGGGAGGGCUGCAGCUGUAUUCACUUGGCUGCUCAGUUUGGACACACAUCAAUUGUUGCAUAUUUUAUAGCCAAGGGUCAGGAUGUUGAUAUGAUGGAUCAGAAUGGGAUGACCCCGUUAAUGUGGGCAGCCUAUAGGACACACAGUGUGGAUCCCACCAGGUUAUUGCUCACGUUCAACGUGUCAGUUAACUUGGGGGACAAAUAUCACAAGAACACUGCUCUGCACUGGGCAGUCCUGGCAGGCAACACUACGGUUAUUAGCCUGCUGCUGGAGGCUGGUGCUCAUGUGGACUCACAGAAUAUCAAGGGCGAAACACCACUAGAUCUCUCCAAACAAAGGAAAAAUGUCUGGAUGAUUAACCAUCUGCAGGAAGCAAGACAAGCAAAGGGUUUUGACAGUCCUUCGUUCCUAAAGAGGUUGAAGGCAGACAAGGAGUUUCGUCAGAAGGUGAUGCUGGGAACUCCGUUUCUUGUCAUCUGGCUGGUGGGUUUCAUAGCUGACUUAGACAUUGGCUCAUGGCUUAUCAAAGGCCUUCUGUAUGGAGUGGUUUGGGUGACAGUACAGUUUCUUUCAAAGUCCUUCUUCGAUCACUCCAUGCACAGUGCCCUUCCUCUUGGAAUAUACCUGGCAACGAAAUUCUGGAUGUAUAUCACAUGGUUCUUCUGGUUCUGGAAUGAUCUUCCUUUUGUCACUAUCCAUAUUCCAUUCCUUCUCAAUAGUGUAGCACUUUUCUACAACUUUGGAAAAUCCUGGAAAUCGGACCCAGGGAUAAUUAAAGCCACAGAGGAACAAAAGAAAAAGACCAUAGUUGAACUUGCAGAGACAGGGAGUCUGGAUCUUAGCAUAUUCUGCAGCACCUGUUUGAUACGGAAACCAGUAAGAUCCAAGCAUUGCGCUGUGUGUAACCGGUGCAUUGCAAAGUUUGAUCAUCACUGCCCAUGGGUAGGCAACUGUGUUGGAGCUGGAAAUCACCGCUACUUCAUUGGAUAUUUAUUCUUCUUGCUCUGUAUGCUCUGUUGGAUGAUUUACGGUUGCAUCUGCUACUGGAGGAUUCAUUGUGCAACCAGCUAUUCAACGGAUGGAUUCUGGGCGUACAUUACUCAGAUUGCUACCUGCUCGCCCUGGAUGUUCUGGAUGUUCCUGAACAGUAUUUUCCAUUUCAUGUGGGUGGCAGUGCUGAUCAUGUGUCAGAUGUACCAGAUCGCUUGCCUAGGUAUAACCACUAAUGAAAGGAUGAACGCAAGAAGAUACAAGCACUUUAAAGUUACAACAACAUCUAUCGAAAGCCCAUUCAACCAUGGAUGUGUACGGAACAUCAUAGACUUCUUUGAAUACAGAUGCUGUGGUCUUAUCCGUCUCGUUGUUGUAGACUGGACAAAGCAGUACACAAUAGAGUACGACCAAACGACAGGAUCGGGCUAUCAGCUGGUGUAGCGCUGCUGGUGCUUCCUUCUGAAGUCCUAUCAACCAUUGGCUGUUUCGGAGUGGUGCCUGAGAAUUUCCUUACUGAGACUGACAGCUUGAACUAGCAUGCUGUUGUGGGGCUACAGAAGAACGACUGCCGGAACCUCCUUUUCACUCAACGUCUUAAUAACAUGGACAGUAUAAAACUGCCAGCCACGCUGAGGAGGAGGAGGAGGAGAAUGCAAAAGGGGAUUUAUUUUUUUCUUGAAACAGCAGUCAUUUGCAAUUCAUUUCAUUGCAGUCUGGGUUGUUUUUUUUUUUUUUUUUUUUUUUUUUGUUUUUUUUUUUCUGUAUGCAUUUUGGCUGGUUUAAACUUGAAAUUUAACAUUUCCAUAAGAUUUUACCCCUUUGAAGUAAUGAAUUAAGAAUAUGAGACAUAUAUUUAAACAAUUUUAAGCAUUUGUUGGCCUGGGGACAAAGGCAUAUUACCAAAUCUGAUUUGUUAACCUAUGUGCACCAGCUAAUUCAAAUAUUGCAUCCAAGAUUCCUGUACUAAAAUUGACAUUGAGUACAUUGGAGGAAUGUGAAGAAGCUCAAAUAAUUGUCUUUAUAAUGUCAAUUGUCAUCCAAGCUCAAUUCUACAAAACAUAAAUGCAUACCAAGGGGUACUGAGCAGUAUUCUUUAAAAUAUAAAUAUGCCUUUGCAGCCAACAUUAUUUUUUUUUUAAACUAUUUAUAGCUUGAACCUAUUAAAAUCAGUUACUGUUGGAAUAUAGUUUGUUUUGGACUAUAUUCUCUAAUUUAUUGUGCAGUUCAGCUACCCUUCUCCUACAUUAGGUAGAACAAUCAACACAGUGUACAAACAAACUUAUUGUGUUUUAAGACAGCCUUUUUAAAAAGGGUGUAUGACAAGUACAGCAAGCAUCCCCAAAACAUUGAGCUGUUCUCGAUAGUCAGACUGCAUUUGGUGAAAUGUAUGGAAUUGUUAAAUGAAAGUACACAGUGCUUCAGUUUCCAUUUCAGUUGUUGGACACUUAACUUUUUUUUUUUGUUAAACCAUUGCACUGAUUUUUUUCCUUUUUUUAUUGUUUGUGAUGGAAGUUGGGCUAAUUCAUUGUUUCUGAAACACUUCGAUGUUUACAAUGAGAGACAGCCAUAGGCUUGUUUUAGAAUAAAUAAAUAAAUAAACGUGGUAGCCACCAAGCUUUUGUGAGACACACCUAUGAAAGGACCUUGUAGUAGCGCCUGGAUACCAGUGUAAAGAAUGUUCAUCUGUACAUAAAGUAUCUAGCUUUCCCUUUUUUGUGAGUGAAUUUUCUGUGUUAGUUGAAGCUGCUAAUUUUGUUUUAUCCAACCAAAAAAUAAAAUUGUAUUACUGUAGCUUUUAGUGAUGUCCAGUGCUGCUGUUUAUAGGAGUUUUUUCCCCAGUUCACUGCAUGUCUGAUGCUUGGAAGUAUGGCAGUCCCUAUAAUCCAGUCCAUUUAAUCUACUGAAAGUGUUGGCCCAGACCAUUCUUAUCUAGAGAAACCGAGAAUCUAUAAAUAGUGAUUGUUCAGUAUUUGCAACUAGACGUCAUUUUAUUCCCAGUAACUGUUACUUUGGUAGUGCAAAGACAUUCAUAAUUUGCAAGUACCAAAUACCAAACAAAAGAUUACAAAAACCAAGUGUACUAUUAUAUUUGAAUGUUUAAUAUUGGGGAAUAAAAGUUUAACAGUCUUGGGGCAUAUGCCGGGUUUGUCAUAAAAACAGCUGUAAAGCAAAAACAAACAAACCAAACCCUUUUUUUUGUGGCGGUCUUCGCUGUCUGCAUGCAAGAGGUCACAGAUAAUUGCUCUAGAACCGUUAAGGCAACUUUUAAGUCACCAAAAGGCAACAUGCAUUUGCUUUAUGGGGACAGGUUGCAUUGUAGUUUAGGUCAAUCCAUGCACCGUUACAGAUCUUGUGCAAGAGCUAAUGCUGACUUGAAACAUAUAAAAGGUUAAAAGGGACUGCAUCAUAACUCUCAAACUUUAAAUGUUUUUUUUUAGAGACAGACUGAGACCUUACAGAAAAAAAAAAAAAAAACUUUAGUUUUUUUAACUGCCAACUCUGCUUGAUUGAAAUGGUUUGGCAGACUGCAAUUAGAUUAACUAUGUACUACACAAUCAUUAACUCUUGAGAAAUCUUAAAUGUAUCCCUAUAAUUUGUUCAAGUGAUCUGUGAAUAUAUGAAAGCGGUCCAUUGGUAGAUUUCAAGAGUGCCUGCAUGUCAGAGGCGAGGCCAGGUGAGCCGUUAGCAUUAGUGCAAAUAACUAAUCAAUGAAAGCACUGGAAUUUAACACUACUUACUAUGUUUUUUAAAGAAAAAAUCAUUAUUGCUUACAAAAUGGUACAGAGCAGGUAUUAGAAACCAUAGCUGUCACAAUGCUUCAAUAUAUCGAGCCAUCUGGUCUUGCACAAGCUUCUUUCACCUAUUGCGACCUGCGCCCCAAACCUUACAGAGCAGCUGAGUUACAAAGGGUAGUUCAAUAACUAAUGCAUCGAAUGCUGAACGUGUUUCUACCCCUGUAACUGCCAAUAAUUCAUUUACUUUUGCUGAGACCUUCAUUGUACUACAUUGUGAACAAAAAUCAAACUUGUAAAUGUUAAUUAGAAAAAAAAAGUAGCUGUCGUUAUAUGUCAGAUUUUGUAAGUUAUUAAUCAAAUAAACAUGGCCUAUUACAUAAUGUUUAGACGUUGUUGAUUUCUGUUCCCGUUACUGUAAAAUGUCUAUAUGUUACACAAAGCUUUCAGAGUCUGCGCUGGCACUCACCAACUUUGGCUUGGUACUCUUAUAGUAAUUUGCUGAGCUUCUAAAGGAUGGAUCCUGGGAGCCACUCACUAAAUAUGACAUUUGUUACAAGACUAUUCUACAUGCUGUGGAUCUAGGUUAGUUUUACAAUAGUGACCAUUGGUCCGCUCGCGAAAGGUAAAUCCUGGACCUGCUGUGUGUCACAAGUUAUAUUCUGUACUCCUGUGACUAAAUCCAUUUUGUGUAGAAAAAUAAGCUCUAGAUGAACUUUGUGUCCUGGGAGAUUUUCAGGAAAUAAUUUGGCCAUUUUGUAUAAUCAUGGAGAAGCAGCAGCAAAGAAUGGGUUAGAAUAUAACAACUACCAUAAAAAGGGUAUUGAUCAUUUAAAAUGUUUAUUUCUUGUCUAAAACCAAAAAAAACUUGAAUUGGGGAGAAAGGUUAACACUUGGAUGGCAAUUGAUUAAAAUGGGGAUUAGGAGAAAGCUGAAAUGUUUUUAGUUAUGAAGCUACAAACCAACAUUCAGUUGCUGAAGUGGUUUGGACAGUCAUCUCACCUAAAUCAUGUUCCAGCCAUUGGGAGUUAGACAGGGUAGGAUUUAAUUUGUCAAUCCACAGCCCUAUGAAUAAACUUGUUAGUUGAAACUCAUUUGUCCAAGUGUUACUUUA